AUGGCUCCACCGCACGUGCAUAUGCUACUGGAAGAGCUACCUUCAUAUUUUGAUCCGUCAAUGUCGAUCGAGCGAAUUGAUCGAAUUUGCCGAGAGGAAGAAAAAGUACGAGUUCCGGCACACUCUGACACUGAUGAAGAAAGUAGCAACAGUGAGCUUCAAGAUGCAAACACCGAAAGUUCACAAACCGUCGAUUUACGGGACUGCGCAAUGCUGAAACGAGCAAUAGAACAACCCACACUCCAUGAACUAAUGAACGAUAUCACACAGGAAGUGAGAAUCAUUCGUCGAAAGGCUGGUGUAUUUGACCAAUACGAUAAUUGGCAGUAUUUAUCGAAGAAAAUCUGCGUAGAUCACUUCCUAACAUUCGUGUAUGGCCUGACAUGUCUUGCCGAGUACGAUCCGGCGCCAGCAAUACACCGAAAGUUAGCUCUGGAUUCGACGAGGCUCUACAUAGUGCUAUUGAGUACGCCAGGACAGAAGCAGACAAAUGUAUUCGACGAACAAGUUUUCCAAAAGUGUUUGGAUAUCUUCAAAAUGGCUGAUCAGCUGCGCGAUCCUAUUUAUGCAGAUGCCAUGCGAACUGCAUCCGAAAAUCGUUUACUACUAGAUUAUAUUGCCGUGCUUGACGAUUUGCUGUUGCUACUGGGCUGCAUGACACUUAAAAAUUGUGAAUCGGAAAAGCUUUACUUAGUGCAAACGUUGAAAAACGUUCUCAACUACUGCAUCAAGCACACCAAUGACCGUGCAGUCGCUGAACAACUAGCGGAAAAGGUAUUCGAAACACUCGGGACCCUCUGUUUGCCGGAGCACGAUGAUCACAACGAAUGUGCCACGACUAUUAGUACAAUCUUCAACAAAACGGCAAUGUUUUACCAGUUAGAGUAUAAAAAUUCACCACCCGUGUUCCAAGUGUACAACUUUUUCCUGAGACUCCUCGAGCAGUAUCCCACGGAUGCAUCCAAUGUCUUGGCAAACUUUAUCAAAUCUGUUCUUACCAAUCCACCCAAAGUGUUUGCGCGUGCAGAUGAACUGAACUAUUUGCUGGAUGUGGCAGUAAAAUACGAACUCGCCAUGUACAGUAAGUGUAACAUUUCAAUAAUAGACUAUGUGGAGAAAAUUGAGGCACACGCGGAAUCCGGUACACGUAUCAAUAUUGUAGAAAUCAUAUCAAAACUAGCCCUGGUAGAUUGUACCGUGAACUGGGUGUUGUUUCAGUCAGAAAUAUCCAAGGUACCACGAGAAAUUAAAAUGAUUCGCCUAUUGUACAACAAGCUCAUUGAGAAAAACUGUGUGGUCAAACUAAAAGCUUUACAAUGCCUUCUGCGAAUUAUGCAAAACGGAAAUCAGGUGAUGAAAAAACUGAUCCUCGUCGCUUAUCAUCGUCCAUAUGCAGCGCAGGAGGAAAAGAAUUACCUUCAAAUGCACGACGUAGAAGAACUCUACCGUACAGCCGAAUUGGAACUUGGUAUAUCUCGAAACUCUAUCAACCUUCGUCACAGUUCUGCAGAACAAAGUUCAAGCUCAUUGGAAGUUAUCUCGUCGCAGGAAUGCAGCUCUGACGACCAACAGAAGGCGAGCUCUACUGUCGAGGGUAUAGAUGAGCUAAACGAUGUAUUUGAUUCCCUGCCGAAUGUUCUUUAUGGGGGAACACUGUCCUCUAACUCGGCCAUACGACGAGUGUCUUUAUCCUGCAUAGGACACAUUUGCGAACUAGACCGCAAUCGCAUAGAUGACGUGUUCGACUACAGCAUCACAAAGCUCGCAAAAGAUCCAGUGAUGUUAACGCGCCGUGCAACGCUCAACGUACUUAACAAGCUGCUGACCAUCUAUCCUAACUAUUUACCCCUAAUAAAACUGUGGUCCAAGUGCUUGCUGUACUUCUUGGAUGACGUUGAUCAGAAGCUCAAGGAAUUCGCAAUGGAGAGUCUGAAAAUGAACGUCUUUGAUAGCAUUUGUCGUUUCGAAGAUUCUUCGUCGAACAAAACUUUCACACCAUGGAUGAUCGUACGCUCCAUUUUGGUACUUGGAAAGAUCAACGUGCUGAAGACGGCCGUAGAUUCGUGGAUUCAAAAAUCCAUCCUAACACCAAAAGUUCUCAGCAUAAUAGAGUCACACAUCUUUACCGUCAACUGCAGCGAAGCUUGGAUUAUUUUAUCAAUCAUUGCUAAUAAAAUGAAGUCGCGUAAUCCUGACGUGGUGAUAAAAACAAUGAACGACAUUCUUCAGCGGGAUGUGUACAAUUCCCCGAUAUGUCUACAGUAUAUCCUCAGUGUUGUUAAAUCAUGGAUUGGAGAUUUCACAAGCGGGGGAUUGAACCAUCUGUUUAAGAUACUAAACGAUCUUUUGCGCACCGGUAGCACAAACAUUUCGCUCGUUAGCGAUAUUUAUAGUUUAUGUUGCAUGAUAAAAGAAAAAUCUGACGGUAUUGUUAGUCAUGAUUGGAUCACUAGCAUACGUGAUAGUAGCGCCCAAUAUCUUUUGCAUUACCAUUCCCACUACACAAAUCUGCACACGACCAACGAACGGUAUCUUAUUAGCCUGUUGGUAUACGCUGAAGCUGCUACAGACUUAAAUCUUGAGCCAGAUAGGAAAAUUAUGAAAAUUCUGAUCGAUCAUUUAACGAACUUUGCUCCAGAUGAACAACAAUUAUCAGAUGCAGAUGAGAAUCGAAAAACCAACGUCACUAUUAUAGUACUGGCCAGGUUUGCAUUGCGUGACGGGUCCUUGGCUGCUACGGUCAUACAUCAUUUUACUAGGAUGCUUAAGUUCAAAAACAUCAACGAAAGCAUUAUAUGCACACUGAUCACUGCGUUUUCUGAUCUGUGCAAAAGGCACACUUCGCUGGUGGAUUCCUCAAUUUCAACGAUGGUUGGGCAACUAAAUUCUCGGUAUUUGUCGGUGCGCAGUGUAGCACUAAACAAUUUAAACGAACUGAUUCUGCAAGACUACAUCAAAAUGCGGGGAAAAGUACUUUUGAACAUUUUGCAACUGAUUAUCGAUGAGGAAGACCACAUUGCAGCCCAGGCGAUGUACGUAAUUCAGUUGUACGUACAUUCCAAAAACGAUAAAUUGCUUAAGAUUUCUUUAUUGGAAUGUGUGUACGUGUUCAACAACUACAUGCAAUAUGCCGACAGCGACAUGUUCCCAACAACGGAAAUAUCAAGCAACGAUUCUUGCGAGUUGGCUGGAAAUGACCCAACAUCGAUGGGAAAACGGAUUAAUAUCUAUGACUUUUUUAUCGAGAAUAUCGAUGACACCAGUUUACUGAAAUUGCUUAAGAAUGUUAAUAAGAUACACCAUCAGUUAGUGAAGAAUAAAUACGUUGAGUGUCUGCAAGGGGUUUUAACGCUCCUGGAUUUGCUCUACGUAUUUAAACGGCUGGUCCAAGUGAAGGAUCGAGAUAAAAUCCGAAUGGGCAAAAUUGGGGCUCUGUCCAACGACAACGAAACUAAUGAUAGUCAACUCGAAGAAGCGCCGUCCAUAGCAAAAAAAUCUAGGCUAGCCAAUUCUCAAAUAGCUGCAGAACGAGAAGUGACGGUAAUUGUGGAAAAAAUGAUAGCGGUGUACUUUAAUUUUCAACAAGAAUCGCGUAAAUACGUUCAAAAGGUAGAACCACAACACAUAGAAAUCCUGAAUCAACGGUUGCAUGAUCUAGCUCUGGCAAUAGCAAAACACUUCCGAGGUCUUGUAGAGUUUGCAAAACCCAUGAGCUUUUGGCAAUCGCAAUUAAAAUUAGUCGAAGAAUUGCAACCAACUGGAUUGAGAAAACAAACCAGGAAAAGACGGGGGAAAACUGAUGCUGGUGAUGUUACUGAUAGUGACGAAGAACCAGAAUGUACGGAUAUGUUAGAUACUGAGGAAGAUAUUUAAUCAUUGCUGGAUCACCAGAAGAUAUGCAAACAUUCAGUAAAUGGAGUUUAA